CGACGUCACACCACAUCGCACAGCGCUAGCGCACCUAUAAAAGCCAAGUGGGGGCACAAUCCUGCUUCAUCUUUCAUUAUCUUCUAUCUCCGACUUGACAAGUGGCCGGCGAACUUGGGCAAGCAUGGCCAGCAAUCCAAAUAGUGUCACUUCGCAGACCAACCUUCUCAAAUCAACGCUAGAAAAGUCGACCUUCGAAGAUGGUGUGAAGCCUGGCUCGACAGGAGAUGCAGCUAUACCAUCGAGCACGAAACCACCAUCCAAUCCUGCUGCCGCUUACCCGACAAAGGAUGGAACGUUAUACGUGUCUAAACCCUUUCGGUCUACGUACUCGAAGAAGUUGAAAGCAGCAGUCACAUUCGUGCCACGUACAUCACACUUUGACAUUGGGAAUGAGAUGUCGGGUACGAACGAAUUCCGAGGUUUCUUCACACUCUUUUGGAUCUCCAUCUUCCUCUUCACCGUCCGAACCUACGUCCGAAGUUAUGAGACCAGCGGCUACGCUCUCAAUCUCGGUUUCGCGACUAUGUUCUCGAGAGAUGCAUUGACUCUUGCGCUCAGCGACGCCGUCCUCGUCCUCAGUACUGGUCUCUGCGUGCCAUUCGCCAAAGCCCUCAAACGAGGAUGGAUCAACUAUUAUUCUUUCGGGAUCAUCAUCCAGCACACUUUCCAGACCUUGGUAUUGGCGAUCGCCGUUACGUGGACGUUCAACAGACAAUGGCCAUGGGUCCAGUCCGGCUUCUUGACUUUACAUUCAAUUACCAUGAUCAUGAAGAUGCACUCCUAUUGUAAUAUUAACGGAAACCUCCAAUCCGUCUAUCAAUCGCGGGAGAAACUUCUAACCAGCUUGCGCGAGGCAACGACUCGCGUAGGAGGUUGGGAAGCAGCCGUCGUCGCCGCCAAAUCACACCGUGCAGAACUCGACGGAGCUCAUCUCACCGACGACCCAUCUACGCCCUUCGUCGGUACACCCAUAAUGCCCGAAGGAGUCGGCGCUCAACGCUCAUAUAUCGAUGCCAGCGACGCUAAUGCUCUUCGUCGUCGACUCAAUCACGCCGACAGCGCCGACGGUAAGGAAUUUGGGGACACAGCCUCGAGAGCUUCCGAUAGGUCUUCGUCGCCCGCUGCUACCGACGCGGACGAAAAGGAUAAGAAGAGAAGACCAGACGCUGCAUAUGCGCUUGUCGACCAUCCAGAUCAGCAGAUCGCUGAUAUGGCGAAGGAUUAUGUGGAAUUGGAUGGGGAGCUCGUCAGCACCGGGCCUGAGUACGUGAGGUGGCCAGAGAAUGUGACGUUAAAGAACUUCGCGAUGUACAUGCUUAUACCGACGCUAUGCUACGAACUGGAGUAUCCGAGGACGGAGAAGAUUCGACCACUCUAUGUGUUCGAAAAGACCACAGCGACGUUCGGAACGUUUGCUUUGCUCUACACAGUCACAGAGACGUUCAUUUUGCCGAUGACGCCAGGACCGGACAGCGACCAGUCAUUUGCGAGAAGUCUUCUGGAUUUGGCACUGCCAUUCAUGGUCGCUUACCUGUUGCUUUUCUAUAUUAUCUUUGAGUGUAUAUGCAACGCGUUCGCGGAACUUUCUUACUUCGCCGACCGUCAAUUCUACGAAGACUGGUGGAAUUCAACAUCCUGGGACGAAUUCUCCCGCAAAUGGAACAAGCCAGUGCACACAUUCCUCCUCCGACACGUCUACGCCACGACGAUCACGUCCUACCGGCUCUCUCGCUUCUGGGCGAUGUUCGUUACCUUCUUACUCAGCGCUGCGGUGCACGAGCUGGUCAUGGCAGUCGUUACACAGAAGAUUCGAAUGUACCUCUUCGUGAUGCAACUGUUCCAGAUUCCACUCAUCGCCAUCGGUCGACUCCCAGCCAUCAAGCGAAACAAGCUCAUGGGCAACGUCGUGUUCUGGAUUGGACUCUACGCUGGCUUCCCCCUGCUUUGUGUCGCCUACGUCGCGUAUUAGGAGCUCACGGGGAGAGUGGGAUGGGAGUAUCGAGAUACAGCGGAUCAAUCUGGAUCACAUAGACGAUUUCAUGCAUUUGGCUUGUGGAUUUACCUUUUGGGCGGAUGGGUGUCACAUACUGGGCGGGCGGGGCGGGGUAACCCAUAUCACUAUUCUUCACUUUACUGCUAUUGUAUAUGACUUGGCUUACACGCUUACAGGUACAUCUUUACUAUAAUAGCGGACAUCUGGCAUGCAAAUAUUUUCAUCGUUCACCACUCAGAAACCUCCGAGCUAUCCUUACGGACAAGCUUGCGAAUGCGAUCAUGGCGCUGUCACGGUAGCUGUGUACAUAUCAAUGCCUUGAAAAUACUUAUGCCCACUUUUGACCCUUG